GUGUGUCUGGGUGUGUCGUGUGUGUGCAUGCAGCUAUCUCCACAAACAAAACAUGGAUUCGGAAAGAGAUCGUUGAUGUCCACAAUAGGUACAGACGUUUGGUUCAGCCCCCAGCAUCGGACAUGCUGCAGAUGAGCUACAGCACUGCGUUAGAAGCUACUGCUCAGGCCUGGGUUGAAAAUUGCAUCCUGGCUCAUGGUCCUCCCAGUUCCCGCAUGCUCGAUGGAUAUCAAUUAGGUGAGAACCUGUUCUAUUCGAACUCGCCUUAUUCCUGGUCGCAGGCCAUUGGUGCCUGGCACAGUGAGGUGGAGCACUACCAGUAUCCCAACGUGUCGACCAAUGGAGAAAGCAUCGGCCACUACACACAGUUGGUGUGGAACACCUCCUACAAGGUCGGCUGUGGAGUGAAGAAUUGCAACGGCACCUAUCUCUACGGUUGCCACUAUUAUCGAGCAGGAAACUUCGUGGGCUGGCCUCCUUACAAAGUUGGACGUCCUUGUGGUUCCUGUAACAGCAGCUGCGUAGAUCAACUCUGCACCAACCCAUGUCCCUAUGUGAACCCAUUCAGCAACUGUCCGGCCAUGGUAGUGAAUCUCGGAUGCAAUAACACUGUAGCAAGGGCCACGUGUUUUGCUUCGUGUAACUGCACCAAUAAAAUCAUCCCAAUAGGCUGACGACGAAUCUGCAAGUCUAACCUAACCAUGCUUUGACUUUUCCACACUAUCAUCUUUUGGUUCAGAGGCUAAAGUGAAAAACAAAAACAAAAAAACAACGGUAGCACUGUGUCACCAUAUCAGGAUAAUAUACUCACGUCACAUUAGAAGAGAAAGAGUCUUUCAAAAAUUCCGAAUUUAAGGGGGAUAUAUUGUGGAUCUUUGGUAUUUCGAAACAUUUCAGUAGAGACAAUAUGACUGUGUUUGUAUGCAUGUGUUUGAUGUUUGGGGAAUUUAGGUUCUAAAAUCAUACAGCGUCAGGUGAACAGCAGAUGUGACCAUGUGAGCAGUUAGAACUACCUGUGUUGUGGUAAAUUGGGCGACUAUAAUUCAUCAAUAAACAGACUAAUAACAAUCA